CGCACGUUCCUGAUUUCCGUCGAUAUUUCCCUGAUAACACUGCAAAUAAAAUAUUAUCAACACAAAUUUUGCAAAGCUAGUGCACCCGACAUAAAAACCAGUGCUUAAGUGGUUCCGUCAAAUUUGUGUUAUUUACGUGUAAUAUGUAUGGUUAACGGUUACCUACUCAGUGCCAGUGACAACCAGUUACUUCUCAUCAGUAAUCAUUUCACUGAGAUAGCGUCGGCGCAAGCAGACAUGCCUUAAUUAAGUGGAGCAGUAUUGUGCAGAAAAUUGUCCAAUUUGACGAUCUUCGAUGAUGUAACAAGGAUCAUUAUAGUCCGUCUGUAAAAAAAGCAAAUGGCUCACUCUGACUUGGGUACUUCGCAGGCGACUACGGCCGACCAGGAUCAGGGGACAUCGAACAACGGCAAUGUGCCCAAGCAAACCUUGCCCAGCAUCUAUCCUCUUGGAACACCGAGAAGUCCACAAGCUCAGGCCACGACGAUGGCUCUGGAGCAAUACCGCCUGCAACUGUACAACUACGCCCUGAAUUUUGAACGCUUUCGAUGCCCCCAAUACGGGGGCUCGGGAGGCAGUGGUACGAGUGCGCCGUGGCUGCAUUUAAGCCCCUACGGACCGCAUGCUUCUGGCAAUAUUCCGGCAGUCAAUCGCAUGGCCGCGCUCUCAACCAUUUCACUCUUCCCCCAAACGCAGCGCAUCUUUCAGCCCGAGGAGCCAAAGCCGCAACACAGCUACAUUGGCCUCAUAGCCAUGGCCAUUUUGAGCUCAACUGAAAUGAAGUUGGUCCUGUCAGACAUUUACCAAUACAUUUUGGAUAACUAUCCGUAUUUUAGAAGCCGCGGGCCGGGGUGGAGGAACUCCAUCAGACACAAUCUCUCACUGAAUGAUUGUUUUAUCAAGUCUGGCCGCAGUGCCAAUGGAAAGGGGCAUUACUGGGCAAUACACCCCGCCAACAUGGAUGAUUUUCGCAAAGGGGACUUCAGACGUCGCAAGGCUCAGCGCAAGGUGCGAAAGCAUAUGGGUCUGUCGGUGGACGAUGCCAGCACCGACUCGCCCAGCCCGCCACCCCUGGAUCUCACCACCCCACCUCCGCCCAGUUCCCAGUCCGCGAUGCAGCUGUCGGCCCUGGGCUAUCCGUACCACCAACAGUAUAUAGGCCAGUUCUUCAAUCGCAGCUCGGCACCCGGGCUGACGCAGUACUCCCCUGCAGACCCGGCCAUGGCGAUGCAACGGCAACAGGCCAACCAGCUGGAACAGGUAAUCCAGCCGGCUCAGCUCCAGCAGCAACAUGGCCCGCAUCAGCACAUUGCGUAUAUCAACUCCACCACGACAACAACCAUCGCGAACAUGUUCUCGCAGACAAGGAAGCGCCAGUUUGACGUGGCCUCGCUACUGGCUCCCGAUGUCCAGAUAGUGGACAUUGUCUCUGAGGAUCAGGAGUCCUCAGUCAGGCCAGCCACGGCAAGGACUACGACUCAAACCCACACGGUCAUCACCAAGCAAACCAUUCACCGCGAGGUAGUCCUGGGCCUGGAACAGCCUGUGGCUGAUGCCGACAUUGACACUGAUAUCGAUGUGGAGGUUAACGUUGACGUGGUUGACGAAAGCAUUAAUGCCGAUCCGGACUCCUAUCCUGAGACGGAGGCGGAGGAACAGGAAAGCCGCAGAGGAGCCAUGAAGCAACUAUUUUCCGUUGAGGACAAUAACUCGUACCUAAGCGACGGCAGGCUGUCUUCAUUUGAUGCCGAUGCCGAUCCCGAUCCCGAUCCCGACCCCGAAGAUCUUGAACAGCACAACUACUCAGUUUCCAGCUCGGCGGCGAGGUCCUUGGGCAGUAGUAGUAGCCAACACGAGGAGUCCAGCUCACUGGAGGAAUGUCCACUGGCAGAGGCCAUUGCCGCGCCCCCGGCUGCCGCGAGGCCAUCAACCCUGGCAGUAGCCAUACCAAAUGCAUAUAUCGAACUCAACCACGUCGAUCCGCACAUGCUGAGUAGAUACUACGGGACAUAUAUGGCCGCAGCUGCGCGACGAGCUAGUAUAGAGGCGUCGAAGCCAGCAAGGCAAACUUCCCUCACGCCACCUCCGAAAAUGGAAAUUGAAAUGGUCUCACACAAGUAACGUGUCAUAAUAGAUUGUAUUGCCACAUAAGCAGCCACAUAUUGUUAAGGACUGGAAGAUCCAAUGUCUAACUACAUAGCAAAACUGACGACCCACCCUGCAAUACAAAUACAUACCUAAAUAUAUAUUUAUUAAAUAGGGUUCUUUCAAUGUAGUUUUGUAUUUUAACGAGCAAAAAUAAAUGUUAAACUAUUGUUAAACUUCGUAGAUUGCAAUAAAAAUUUAGCGACUUAAU